AUGCCCAAUUGUCCGAACUGCUCGAAGCCGGUGUAUUUUGCCGAGAAAGUCACCUCUCUUGGCAAAGACUGGCACCGCCCGUGUCUCAAAUGCUAUAACGACAAGUGUGGAAAGACCUUGUCCUCGGGCAGUCAUUCUGAGCACGAGGGCAAGCCGUACUGCAACCGGUGCUAUGGAGCGCUAUUCGGGCCCAAGGGUUACGGCCACGGCGGCACCGAGUCGCACACCUUCCACGGCGGCCACACUGGAAAA